GUGACCGACCACUGAACUUCCUUGAUCUGGCAUUGUUCCCACCAUCAAUUCUGUCUUAUAAAACCUCUCUACAUACCUUCUUCAAUUCAAUUCUGUCUUAGCUUUAAGACCUCAGCUCGUUCGAUCAAAUUCCCAGAAAACUAAAAAAAUAUUUGCUAGCUUUGGUUGAUUGAUAUGGCGGCGAAGAGUGGGUUAGGACUGGAGAUUACUGAGCUGAGGUUGGGUCUGCCGGGGAGCGGACACGGCGGAGCCGACAAGGGUACGACGGGUGAGAAGAAAAGGGUUUUCUCCGAGAUGAUUGACGGCGGCGACGAUCAUGACCGGAGCAGUAGCAAUAAUAAUAACAAUAAGAAGAAGCAGCAGGUGGUGGGGUGGCCGCCGGUGUGUUCUUACCGGAGGAAGAAUAAUAGCGACGAGGGAAAGAAAAUGUACGUGAAGGUGAGCAUGGAUGGGGCGCCAUUCCUACGCAAGAUUGACCUCACCACUCACAAAACCUAUUCUCAUCUCCUCAUCGCUCUUGACAACCUCUUUGACUGCCGCGGAAUUGGUGAGGCGUUGAAGGAUGCAGACAGUUCGGAGUACGCUCCCAUAUACGAGGACAAGGAUGGAGACUGGAUGCUGGUUGGAGAUGUUCCCUGGGGUAUGUUUGUAGAGUCGUGCAAGAGAUUAAGGAUCAUGAAGAGAUCAGAGGCAAAAGGAAUUGGUCUUCAUGCAAAGAACUUCCUCAAGGAGAUGUCAAAAGAAGGAUGAUGAUGAUCGAUGAUGAUGUAAAACUAUAUAAUAUAUAUGUCUUUAUAAUAAUAAUAAUAAUAAUAAUUAAUUAUAAUUAUUGUUAUUAUAUACCUUAAUUUUCAUGUUUCUCAUUAUUUAAUUUUCGAGUUUGAAGUGUUGUGUAACAGCAUUACAGCAAUGUUUUAGUGACAUGCAUGUAACACUAGAUAUAAGCUAAGGAAUUAUAUUAUAUAUAUAAUAUAUUCAAAUCAAUUUCUAGGUUGAAUAUAUGUGUGUUAUGACGUUUGCUGUCUAUGUGUUAUCCAUUUCUAUGUACUCUUAAUACACACACAUUUGAGUA